CGCUAACGUACAAACUUUUGUAAUAAAAGACAACUUCGGUGAUAUUGAUGUGUGAAUGAUCAAAUAUACUAUUGGCAUUAUACAACAUCGAAGUACUAUCUACUAAGCACUGGACCAGUCACCACUGGUAUUUUAUGUACAAGUACAUGCAAAGUUUACAAACGCACAUAGUUACAAACGCCCUAGGUUAGCUGACUGUUGACCCCGCCCCCGGUUCCCCUCGACCGUUUGGAACCUAUCGUUCUUUCUAUAAUUAUUCUCCCUGACAAAGUAUCAGUCCAUCUUUAAAACAAUCACCCCACCACCGGAUUAAGCUCAUAACCCACUCCAUCUCCAUUCAUCCACUCAAAGAGCAAAGGUGGAAGCAGCACUGCAACGGACCUAUAACAUUCACCGUGUUUGAUAUCCAUCGGCCCACACUUGGCAACUUCGCCAACAGCGAACAGCGAACAGCACUAUUAGGUACAAUUAUACGACAUAGUACAUGCCUACAUAGUUACUACCUACGUAUAGUAGUAUCAGACCUACAGCAGCAGGAGCUAGAAGUGCCCCAGACUGGAUCCCCCAAUUAACUCAGCUAUCAUUUAUCAUUAAUCAGUAUCAUUUAUUAAUCCCACCUUACCUCUUCACCCUUUCUCACAUCAUGCCCUUUGACCCAUCCUACCACGGUCAAUCAGUAUCACGAGUCAAAAGCCUAGUUAGACAAAUGGCGCCUCCAUCAGCAACCAACUUCACCGCCGAGGUUGUCCCUCAGGCACCUGAGGACCCUCUAUUUGGGCUCAUGGCAGCUUACAGAGCUGAUCAGGACCCAAAGAAAGUAGAUCUCGGUAUCGGUGCUUAUCGUGAUGAUAAUGCUAAGCCUUGGGUAUUGCCCGUGGUGAAGAAGGCAGACGAGGUUCUUCGAAACGACCCAGAGCUGAACCACGAAUAUGCUCCUAUUGCUGGCAUUCCCUCAUUCACCGGUAAAGCCGCCGAGCUAAUCCUUGGUGGUGCCGACUCUCCUGCUAUCAAAGAGAAGCGUGUCACAUCUGUGCAGACUAUCUCGGGCACUGGUGCUGUGCACUUGGGAGCUCUUUUCCUCGCCAAGUUCUACACGGGGAACAAGAAGGUUUACCUCUCCGAUCCUACAUGGGCAAACCAUAACCAAAUCUUCAACAAUGUCUCCAUUCCUGUAGCCAAGUAUCCCUACUUCUCCAAGGACACAAAAGGAUUGGACUUCGAGGGCAUGAAGUCCGCUUUAUUAGGUGCUCCCGACCGAUCGAUUGUCCUGCUGCAUGCCUGUGCACACAACCCCACAGGUGUAGAUCCUACCACGGAGCAAUGGAAGGAAAUUGCCGAAAUCGUCCGCUCGAAGAACCAUUUCCCCUUCUUCGACUGCGCAUACCAGGGGUUUGCUUCCGGUAACCUGAUGCAAGAUAACGCAGCGGUCAGAUAUUUCGUCGAGCAGGGAUUUGAGCUCGUCGUUGCCCAGAGUUUUGCCAAGAACUUUGGUCUAUAUGGUGAGCGAGCAGGUUGCUUCCACGUCGUGACUGCGCCUGCACCCGAUGCAGAGUCCACCAUCAAGAGAAUUGCCUCUCAGCUUGCUAUUCUACAAAGAUCUGAAAUCUCCAACCCUCCUCUAUAUGGUGCCCGCAUCGCUAGUACCGUUCUGAACGACCCGAAGUUGUUUGCUGAAUGGGAGGAAAAUUUACGCACCAUGUCUGGUCGUAUCAUCUCCAUGCGCAAGGCACUACGCGCGAAACUGGAAGAGCUUGGUACCCCAGGUACCUGGAACCACAUCACGGAUCAAAUAGGAAUGUUUAGCUUUACCGGCCUGACAGAACCACAGGUGUUGAAGAUCCGGUCAGAUUUCCAUAUCUACAUGACGAAGAAUGGGCGCAUAAGUAUGGCGGGCUUGAACACAAGGAAUGUCGAAUACGUGGCCAAGGCGAUUGAUAAGAUCGUCAGAGAGGUUCAGUAAAUGGGGUAAAUCAGGGGUCAAUGCACAUUUUGUGCGAAUCACGAAUUCUAUAAGCUUCGGUUUAGGAAGACAAAAGUGGGCAUAAGAGUAUAGUUAAUCUCUCCUCGUUAAAUUCGUUGACUUUUACCACUCUAUUUCCUGUGGUUAAAUAGAAUUUUAAAAAAAUCAACCUGGGCAAAUGAUUGAACGUUA